UUCAAAUAUUCAUAUCAACUUAUCUGCCGCAAAGAUAACAACCAAAAGCACUCGUGAAUGAAUUCCCCGUUCGCACUUCGCUCAUCGGCGGAAAGAUCAAGAAAAUGAGACGAAGAAAUCGCACAAGUACUUCGCUGGCGCUCAUAAAUCAGACUUAAAUGACAAUCUAUAGUAGAAAAUCUUGCGCAGAUGGAUAGAGACAAUACAAACUUCAGUAGAACAAAGCAUCACACAACCAUCAACAGAAACAAUCCGAAGCUAAACAACUUCGCAUCUGAGAUAAUGCCCUAAUGCAUCAGACGUUGAAUUAAGAACAAAAUUUGGGCUCAGAAAAACCAAAAUGUGAAACAAACUAUUAGAAUGCUCAACUUAUGUACCAUUAAUUGCAAUGCUUGCCGUUCGCAUUGGAGAUCGUUGAAGAAGGAGUUGCGAAGGAUUUAAUCUGGAAAAAUAAUACGAUCAAGUACCCAAUUGAAAACGAAGGAAGCCCAAGAUCGCAAUUGGGUACUUGAUCGUUCAUAACCCAACCCAACCCAUGCGGGUUGGGUCAAGUUAAUUGAAUUUUUCGGGUCAUCCUACGGAUUAUCACGAUCACAAUUUCAAAUUAUUAAUAUUAAAAUGUGGGAUUAAUUGGUGGAUUAUGGGGGUAAUUAUGUGAAGAAUAUGUGAGAGAUGAUAUCGUGAUUCACGUUGAUAGCAUAUAAUUUUUGUUCUAUCAUAUACCAAUCGACUUCCAUUUCCACGUGAAACAUGCAAUCCUAAUCCAGAAACUUUUUCAAAUAAUUCUCACCAUAUAAAUCGCUCUAAAACCUCAUCAAUUCUCAUUAGUUCCAGCUUCAAAUCAUGGCUCAUAUGGAGAAUCUGAAGGCAAACCUGGUCAGAGUUCUGGAAGUCACCAAGGUGUCUCCGUCGCUGGCCUCACCUUCCUCCGCCGCCGAUUUCUCUCUUCCUUUUACCUACCUUGAUGCUCUGUUUUUAAAAAUCCCUCCCACAGAGCGACUCUUCUUCUACUCUUUACCCGAUCCCCCAUUGUUGGACUCCAAUUCCAUCGUCACUCAUCUCAAGCACUCCCUCUCUCUCACUCUCCAACAUUUCCUCCCUCUCGCCGGAAAUCUCGUUUGGCUGCCGGAAUCUCCCAAACCCACCGUUCUUUACUCCCCUGGCGAUGCUGUUUCCCUCACUGUCGCCGAGACUGAUGCUGACUUCACCCACUUCUCUUGUACUGGAAUCCGUAGAGUGGAAGAGUGCCGCCCCUUUGUCCCGGAAUUGCCGGCGGCGGAUGAUUCUGUUCCGGUAAUGGCUCUGCAGAUCACUCUGUUCCAAAACAGGGGAUUGUCCAUCGGCAUCUCCAAUCACCACGCCUUCGUUGAUGGCAAAAGCUCGAUCAUGUUCUUGAAAUCGUGGGCUCACAUUUUCAAGCACACCCAAAACAAUCCCGAAUUCCCCAUUACUCUACCGCCAGAACUAACCCCAUUUUUCGAUCGGUCCAUUAUCAAAGACCCAAAAGGAAUCGACCUGCUCUACAUCAACUACUGGCUAAAAAAGACCAACCCCACCGACCCAUCAAUCAAAAGCCUUAAAUAUUUCCCAAAUUUGGGAGUUUCACCAGAAAUGGUGAGAGGUACAUUCGAAUUAACCCGCACAGACAUUGAAAAUCUCAGAAAAUCAGCAACAAAGGAAGACGAAUCACCGACCCGAUUCUCAUCGUUCGUUCUCGCAUUCGCGUACAUAUCGAUUUGUGCGGUAAAAUCAGCGAGAAUAGAACAGAAGAACAAGAGAGUGUACCUGGGGUUCUACGCCGAUUGGCGGGCGCGGCUGGGUCCGGUAGUGCCGACCAACUAUUUCGGGAACUGCGGUGGAAGCCAUGGAGUUUUUGCGGAAGCGGGGGAAUUGGAAGAUGAUGAAAAGGGAUUGGGGGUCGCAUCGAAGAGGAUUCAUGAGACGAUACAGAGGUUGGAUGAGAAUGUGACAAAGGGGGCGGAGGAAACUUUGUCGAAAUGGGAGAAGGUGGAAGAGGAGAUUAAGUUCGUCGGAGUGGUUGGGUCGCCGAGAUUGGGGGUUUAUGGGUUGGAUUUCGGGUGGGGAAAACCAGAGAAUGUGAAGAUGGUUUCGAUUGAGAGGACUGGUUCGAUUUCGUUGGCGGAUAGACGAACCGGAGAUGGGAUCGAAUUCAGUUUGGUGCUUUCACAGCCUGAAAUGCUCCGUUUUGCCUCCAUUUUUUCCGAUGGUCUUAGAACUCUUUAGCUUUCUUUGUACUUUCUCUUCCGAAGAAGAAUAAAAACAUUUCUUUUUUCA